AUGGCUAUCUCAUUCUGGCCCUCCGCCUUCACGGCACAUACCCAACGCCUCGCGUUCCCCUCCAUUGCCGUCAUUAAGGAAAUGACCAUCGCAGCCUUUGCCGCAUCAAGCGUCGCUCAUGUGCCCAUUUCCACAGAGGCCUUUGAGAUCGCCAACAUCCUCAACACUCCUCCAGAAUUCCAAACAAUGUCCCUCAUUGAUUCGUCUCAAGAAGUCGGCCGGGUCGGCAACAUCAAGAAAGCUCGGCACAUGAAAGCCAUCAUCGAUACCAUCAUCAAGGAUGUCACCCCCACCGAGGUCAACAAGACGACUCACGAGUCCAACAUCGUCGACAAUUGUAAGGAUACCACCCAGUCGACCGACGCUCAAGCUACCGCGCCUCUCCUCAUCGAGGACAUCAACUCUGCUGAAGUUGCCGAAGUCCCUCAGCAAGUCAAGCUCAUCCAGAAUGUCGACAUCAUCACCGACGACCAUCGCGACGACACUUCAUCCAUUGCCAAGAAGGAGCGUUUCACCAUUGAGGAGAAUGAGAAGCACACCUAUUACCAUGCCCGCCCCGCCAUUGAGAUUAACGAGGUCAACGAGCUCUUCACCAUUGAGGAGAAUGAGAAGCACACCUACUCCCAUGUCCUCCCCACCAUCGACAUCAUCGAGGUCAACAAGUCCAUGGCUUCCACAAUCACCGACGUCGCCGAUGUCGACGACAUGGGAGCCUCCGCCUCAAGCAUCGGCCACCACUUCGAGCGCUUCCUAAAGGAAGACAAGAUGCAGUGGGUGCACGCCGUCGCCAGCCAGCCCGAGCUAUGCAUCACGUCCCCACAGACCAAGAAGCAAGCCAUCAAGGUCACCAAGUCGAGCACUCAAGACCGCAAGGCCAUCGCUGCCGACAUCACGCCUUCGACCGACAACAAGAAGGAGAGCAUCAGCUCCGAAGAGAAGAUGGUCGACACCGAAGUCGACAUCGUUCACCACGCUCGCAGAUUGUCUAAUGAUACCAACUCCUCAACCGAGACGGACAACACUACCGAUAGCGAUGCGAGCAACGCCACCACUCCGGAUACCCCCAACACAGAGUACUCCACCCCCGACACCAGCGUAAUCGACAGUAAGUUUGACGAAGCUGCACUGUCAAGCAACAAUCAGCCCAAGCAAGCCGAAGAGAGCCAGUCGCCUCCCACCACUCCCGACGCCUCCUCUUUCGACAACAUGUACAACUACUCGCACCUCCCACCCUCCGAACUCGAAGUCACCCUCAUCAUGGAACGCCUCGACCCCAACCGCCGAUACGUCCAAAUGACUUGCGGCUAUUGGUACGCCCUCGAAGACGACGACGAGAUCCGCCAAAUGUCAAAGGCCGAGUACCAGGAGUUUAUCGAGUGGACCAGCCAAACCCCCGUCAUCACCCGCGAGGAUUUCGACAAGAAGCAACAAGCGGACGCGGAGCAGGGAAUCAUUACCAGCAACGCGAUUGCCAUCAUUGAGAGUCUUGAGGACGACGAUGACAAGUCAGGCAAUGAGCAACAAGCCGAUUUGGGAUCCGACGAAGAGGAUAAUUCUGACAACCGCCCCAUCGAGCUCAUUGAUCGCGAAUCCACCGACCACCUCUUGACGACCCUCGACCAGCCGCAAGCCGGUAUCGAACUCCUCGACUACACCGACCUCGCCGACGAGGAAGAUUACAACUCCUCCGACCCCAUCGCCGCCUGGGAAGCCACCCUCGCCACCUGGAAAGACCCCUCGGACAUUGGCGAAGACUGGGGCGUAGUCGGCCUCUUCCACCACCCCGACGGCCAGAAGCAGUUCGUGAUGGGCAACGAUGAGCAGGUGUACUGGAUGUACGAGGGGAUGUUCCGGCUUCUUAACGCUCACGAGCUGGACCAGUUCAAUCGCUGGAGAGAUGGAGAUGAACACGCUUUUGAUGAGCCUGAGCCAAAGAGGGAGCCGAAGACUUGGGUGCGCGCGGUGCUGGGUAAGAGGAGGAAGACGAAUAAGUGGUGUGCUUGGAGUUUGGAGAUGGAAAGUAUUGAGGAAGAGGAUGAGGAGGAUGUUCGGGAGGAGGAUGAGCUUUGGUGGUAGAUCUCCCGAGACGGAGGGAAGGAACGAAGGAUUGACGUUGGAAUUGACUUUG